GCCCUUCCCCUCUCAUCGCGUCCGCUCGACCUUGUUUACACGAUUUCCUUCGCUUUCCACAUCCCAUAACACCUCAAUGCGUUUGCCACCGAACUUUGCACCCAGUGCCUUACCGGGAUGCACAAGUGGUACCUAGAGUUCAGCCAGGAUCCUCUCAUGGUUAGAAUGGCAAACGGGAAGGGAGCGAACGAGUUGAUUUGGUUCAGGUUGUUCUUGUGGAUGGAACUUCCCAACGUUCGUGCUCGGCAUCCAUGGUCUCUUGAAGAAAUUGCCCAAAAUCUACCCUCUGCUCCGUCUGUACGGUGCCUCUACAGCGAAUAGGACUCCUUACUUUCUUGACAUUGGAGCUGAAACUCUGACGUUUAGCUCCUCACACGAAUUCUUGAAACAAGGAGAUGGUUCUUGGGGAUUACGAGAGCACUUAUAAAUGUGUUACUUGUACUUGCCGAUCACUCAAGCAAAGCCCGGAAAGUGUUAACUUUGCGUCACCCUGUACCCAUAUUCACCUACUUACACGUUUCAUAUCUCUCGUACAUAAUGAUGAUUAUACAGUAUAACAACACACAU